AUUGGCUGCCGUUUGGCCCAGCGCUGGGACUUGGGCGCACAAAACUCCCUUCGCCGGCGCUCAGCCUCCCACUCGAGGCAGGAGGAGGCGAGGCGAGGAACCGGCCGGGACCGUGCUGCCUUGAGACCCACCCAAGCCUCGAGCCCACGCGCCUCUCCUUUGCGCGGCCAACCCGCCACCCAAACGCGCUCCCUCCUUGCGCGCAUCGUUCUCGCUCACCUCUCCUGCGCUGAGGAAUCCCAUUUCCACUCAAACCACUUCUGUCUCUCUCGCGGGGAUCUCUUUCCCUUCUGAAAUAUCCCCUUGUCCCCUUCCUUCCCAACCUGUUUCGCGGCAAGCGCCCACCUGCCGGGUUUGGAAAGGCUUGGAGAGGUUUGGAGAGGUUGGGCUCCUCUCUGCCUGGAGCCGAGCGCCAGUUGUCCUUCCCCGAAAGAAGAAGAGAUUGUGGGUUUCUUUCUGCCGGGGAAGGUGGGCGAAGGAGCGGCAUGGCGGGCACCCCCCGCACCCUUCUGCUCCUGCUGGGCCUCUUCCUGGGAUGGAGCUCGGUCGGGGCGCCCGCGAAGGAAGCCCACGAAGGAGGGAGCCCGCCAAGGAGCCCCCGGGAUCCGGUCUCGGCGCACAUGCUCCGGCUCUACGACCGGUACAGCAGCAGCAGUGGCAACGGAGCCCGUCCCGCCCCGGCCUCGCCUCCCCUGCCCCUCCGAGAAGGCAACACGGUGCGCAGCUUCCGAGCGCAGGCGGCAGGGAUUCCUGGAAACAAAGAAGUACAUGUUUUUAAUCUAACCUCCCUCACAAAGUCUGAGAACAUCUUGUCAGCUCUGUUGCAUUAUUAUGUCGGAGAUUUCUGGAACAGUACUGCAAAUUGUCCUCAGUUGAAGAGCUCUUCUCGUCAUGGGCCCAGGAGAUCUGACAUGCAGAUUAGCCUCUUGCUGUUGAAUUUGCCUGCUUUGGGAAACCAAACUCGGACCCUGGGACAUUACUUGGUCAACAUCUCCACUGCGUAUCGGCAUGUCCAUUCUUGGCAAUGGAAGAACAUUACUGAUGUAUUGAGUAAAGCCAAAGAAAACAAUGACUUGAUCCUUGGAGUCAAAAUAGCCUCUGUUGGGCAACACCCUUGGAAGAACGGGGAUCCCAGUUACGAACCAUACAUCCUCAUUUAUGCCAACGACUCUGCCAUUUCGGAACCAGAGAACGUUGUUUCUAGCUUGCAAGGGCACCGAAGUCCCCUGCCUGGGAGCCAUUCGAAGAGUGGCCUCGGUGAAGGGCGACAAAAACGCUCCACCAAUGUCCUUUUGCCUUUGCAAAACAACGAGCUUCCAGGAGCUGAGUACCAAUACAGUGAGGAUGAAGGCUGGGAGGACAGGAAACACUACAAAACCCUCCAGCCACGCCUCGCAGAACGGGCCAAAAACAAGAAAAAGCAGAGAAAGAAUAACCAACAAAAAAGCCAGACUCUCCAGUUCGAUGAGCAGACGCUUAAAAAGGCAAGGAGGAAGCAGUGGAAUGAGCCAAGAUAUUGUGCGCGGCGCUACCUCAAGGUGGAUUUUGCAGACAUUGGCUGGAGCGACUGGAUUAUUUCCCCUAAAUCUUUUGAUGCCUAUUACUGCUCAGGUGAAUGCCAGUUCCCUAUUCCAAAGGCUCUGAAGCCUUCAAACCAUGCCACCAUCCAGAGCAUAGUGAGAGCUGUUGGCGUUGUCUCUGGAAUCCCCGAACCUUGCUGCGUCCCAGACAAGAUGUCAUCUCUCAGUAUCUUGUUCUUUGACGAAAAUAUGAACGUGGUACUCAAGGUCUAUCCAAACAUGACAGUGGAAUCCUGUGCCUGCAGAUAACCCUCCUACGCACCACCCAAUCUAAAUCCCCUUCUUGCUGCCUUGACUUUGUUGCUCAACAGCCCCCCCCACCCCAUUUUGCACUGCCAAUGCAUUUCAUUUUCCAAAGAUGUAUAAGUAAAUACAAAUGAAAAGACAAGCAGGAGCUGAGAAGGAACACACCAUGGAUUUCCAGGACAUGGAAGGACCUGAGAAAACUUUUUAAACUGUGAGAAUACAACAGAAAAAUACCUAAAGCUUUGCACCAGCUAUUAUGUGGUGAGCCAUGUAAGGGAAAAAAUGAAAUCCAGAAAGAACAUAAUCAAAAAUAUCUGGAGAUUGGCAGGAAGACCCUUUUAUAUAUUUCUAUAUGACACUUUGAAAACAAUGCAUCCAAACUUCUGGCUUUCUGGUCCAUUUUUCCAGAAAUGAAUGGUGAAGGAGACUUAAGAUACAUGUUAUGCAUCUGAAGCUAAGCGUUCUGCCUUAGGUUGCAGGCAAACUCCCCAAAGUGCUAAAUAACGUAAUAAGUUCUGACAUACUAAGAGCCUAAGGAAAUCCAAUUUAAGAUGUUUAUUUUCUUGACAUGGUGUGUCAGCAGUGCUCUGUACGUGUAUUGCCUACAUUAACAAGGCCUUUUCCCCCCACGUGGAAUAAUGGGAACCCUUAAUUUGCAAACCAAAAUAGACUCCUGUUUGCACAUCUUCUAAAUAUCAGUACAUGUUACAAUAAUACUGGCAUGUCACCAAUACUGCCUCAGUUGCUCUAAGAGACUAGUGAAAGGAGCAUAGGUGACAGAGUAGAAAGAAGAUACAGGUUUGCCAGGGUGGUUGCUGUAGCCACCUACUAGAGUAACUACUUCUACAUUGUGUAGUCUCUUGUCCUGGGAUGGUAUAUAGCACAAUGCAAUCCUCUGAAUGGCUACUCAGAAAUAAUACAUACUUGUAAAACAACCUUGAGUAUUACUUGCUUAGGAAAACGAUAUGAAAUUCAUGGGGAUACUAUAAAUCAGUAGGCAUCUUAAGGACAUGCACUCAUAUACUUCUGUGUGAGCUCAUCUCAUGUAUAGGUCGAGGGCAAGUCGUAGGGCCAAGAUUAUGGAUUUUGUUAUGAUCUAUGGACAGCUCAAGGGUCAUUCUGCAGAAAUAGAAAAUAAUCAAGGCCACCUCAAGAGCCAGCCACCCCUGGUUGCCAAUUCUGACAUUUCCUUGCCAAACAUUCAAAAAGUCCAGAAGAAGAAUAAAGGGAGCUUCUUUUAGAUUUUCCCAGGACAGACUAAGCUUUUGCUUUUUGCCACUCUAUUCAGAGAAGGAGAUGGUUCCUUUUGUGGUAAGAAUUCAAGCACAGUACUCACAUUGACCCAUGGAUAAGUCCAUCCAAUUUUGGGGGGUUAAUUUUUUGACUUAAGAUUUCUAGACUUAUAUGAGAGUAUAUAAAGUACUUUCAGGUAAGUCAGUAUAGGAUAGCAGCCUAUGAAUUUGCCUAUGAAUAGGAUUAGUUUUAUUGAAGCAAAGAAUUAAGACAAGAUUGAGGAAUUCAUUAAUUGCCUUUUUUCCAAAUGGGAGUCUUGCCUGCAAUGUGGUAUCAUGUAUAAGCCAACUGCAUCAGCAGACCUACAGAGUUAUUUAGUCUGGCACUGGAUGGCUAUGUACAAAGGACAAGGGGGGAAUGGGGAUGCCCCAUGGUCAAAGGGACUUCAUGUUGAAUGCAUUGCAUCCUUGUGCAUUGCAAAGCCAAGUAAAUAGGUGUGCUUUGAGUCACACCAGUAGGAAAGUCAAGGCUUGGGAUAGACUUUGACUUACAAUUGCCAUGCAUCUUUCAGAAGAUGCUAAGUGCCUUCCAUUUUCUGUCCAAAGCACCUGGUGGUUUUCCUGCAUUUGAGCAAAGCUCUAGUGUGGGAAAUGAGGGUUAAAGCUUUAAUUUCCAGCUUACUAGAGAUGCAAAGAAGCUUCAGAGCAUUGGAGCAUUUUACUAAGGAGUUGAUGCAUUCAUUAUUAAGCUGUCUCCUUCAUGUAAAAAUUAAUAAUGAAAAUAAGACUUUUGUACAUUUUUUUUGCUUAGGAAUUAAUGCUUGUACAGUCAGCGUCAGUAAAGUUUUUAAAAAGCCAAAGGAUAUUUGUAUAUGGAAAGAAGCUUUUAUUAAUGCCUUUAAUUUAUUUUAUUUCUGUUGCCUUCCUGUGUGUUAAUUAAGUUUCCACUUUUUAGUACUUAUAAAUACACAGUGAGUUUUACAUUAAUUUCACAAAAUCAUAUAUAUAUAUAUAUAUAUAUAUAUAUAUAUAUAUGCCUUCAGACCCAAAUGUGCAUGUUAUAGGCACCCAGAAGAUACUUUCCACUACUGAUGUAUAAGCUUGCCUCACUUGUAUUUGUUUCUCUCCUUCAGUAAUAAGAUUUUUUUUCACUGCAAACUACUAUGUACAAGUUUAUGUUUAAACAUUUUAAUGUGAAACUUCA